AUGGUGCCACAGACCUUUGCGGAGGCUAUCCUUGCUAGGCAGGGAGGGGACCGUGGCACCGGGUGGGAGCCGCUGCCGACAGUGGCGGCAACAAGAGCGGAGUACAGCCUCGAGUGGCAAGAUGUGCAAGAUUCAAAACGACAUGGGCGCGUCACCUUCUCCCGGAAGUGCCAAGCACACGUUCGGGCUCUUCCUCCUUCCACAACGAUUCAGCUUCGAGUCGUGGCUCGAGUCUUCGCCCCGCUUCCUGGAGGGAAUCCGGUGGCGAAGGGCAAGGAGGACCCAGCAUCUCGGUCCUGGCAGGAUCAUCGUCUUGUCGGUCGGUGGCUCUACGGCGCCAAGCCCUCUGAGUACCGAAUCGGGCGCAGAUCAGAUGGCUUGCUGGUUUUCAUGGGUCCCCAUGCCUCCGGGGCCACUGUGAUGGGCGUGCUAGAGCCCGAAGGACACUGGCUGCAAGCAGAGCUUGCCUCAGCCAGUGGAGAUGUAGUGGGACACAUUCGCCUCUUCUACGACCAGGAGGAGGAUGCAGUCAUCUCCAACUUCAAGAACAUCCAGAACGUUGAUUGGGGAAGGGACAUUGCCGCCAAGAAGGGCGGUGACGAGGAGAUCCUGACCACUGUAGUUGGAAGGUGGCUGCAGGCACGGACGGCGGAUGCCAUCACAGACCGUGACGAGGAGGAGUUCUGCUACGACUCUCUGUGCAACAAGCGAGGCAAGUGCCAGCGAUGUGCCUGCCAGAUCUUCGUUUUAUCCGAGCACCUCAUGAACCAAGAGAUGCUUUGCAAGCGAUGUGGCUGUGCGGCCAUUCAUCAUGCCAAAGUGGGCAAGUACCGGAUUCAUGACCAUGCCCAGAAGGGCGGCAAGGACUCGGAGGAAGCGCACGGCAGUGCACCCGCAAAGCCGGCGCAGAAGUCGGCGAUGGAUGAGAUGCCAAGCCGACGGUGGAGCCUGGAUGAUGCGCCUCCGAGCGAGGAGAUCGUUGAGUUCAUCAUCCGGCAGUUGGAGCUCGCCAAGAACCUGUACGAGGUGCUCGGGGUGGCCCCCAGCUCAUCAGCACUUGAGAUUCGCCAGGCUUUUCGAGCGAUCUCUCUGCGAGUCCACCCGGACAAGAUCAAUGCACAAGCGCAGACCGAAGAUGAGCAGAGCCUCUCCGCACUUGCAGAAGAUGCGUUCAAGCUGGCUUCUUCUGCUUACGAAGUGCUGAAUGAUGAGAUCGAGCGACGAUCAUACGACCGCCAGCUGUACUUGGACUGGGUGCGGACGGAGAAGCCAAAGGCAAAGCCGAAACCGAAGCCGAAGGCAAAGCAGCAGGCACAGACGCCCACGGCCGUGUGCAAGAAGCAGCAGCUCCCAGACUCCCAGUUUCAGAGCUUUCCCCAGCCCAAGCUUCUGCAGACUCAGUUGCUCACGCUGCCAGGAGACCGACUGGCCUCCCUGCUGGGCACCACCUCCCUGGCCCGGAAAGCCCUCGAGCCGCUGCAUGCAGGUCGCACGUGGGAGGCGGUGCGCAAUGGACGGGACCCCCUCCAAGCAGAAGGUUCCUCGAAGCGCCUGAGGCAAAUGCUCGCUGAGCUGGCCUUGUCAAUGGAGCCCAUGGCCGCGCCUUGCAUGGAGAGCACUGUCGUCGGUGAGGGCACCUGCAAGAUGCUUGUGCGUCUUGCAGAUGGCCUGUCGAUCGAGUGCGUCCUUAUCCGCAUGGCGAAGCACUCGAGUCUCUGUGUUUCCAGCCAGGUGGGCUGCAAGCAAGCGUGCAGCUUCUGUGCAACGGGCAAGCUUGGCGAAAUCCGUAAUCUGACCACGCACGAAAUUCUUGCACAAGUCUGGCUGGCCCAGCGGCAGGCGCGCACCCUCAAUUGGCCGAGGGUCCGCAACCUUGUGUUUAUGGGCAUGGGUGAGCCUGCCAACAACCUGGACUCAGUAGCUGAAGCGCUGGAGCUUCUUACGGAUGCUAGGAGCUUCAGCAUGUCGGGCUGUUACAUUACGGUGUCAACGGUCGCACCAUCUCCGGCCAAGAUCCUAAGUCUCUCGGAGCUUCCUUGCAAGCUGGCCUGGUCGGUGCAUGCUGCGACCGACCCCGUGCGUCGCCAACUGGUACCAAGCAGCAAGCACUCUGUGACUGAUCUGAGGGAUGCCUUCCUGAAGUGCUUGCAGCUUCGCCCGGAGAAGUUCAGGCAACUCCUGUGUGAAGUGGUGCUGCUGGACGAUAUCAACACUGACCGCCGCCACGCGAAAGCACUUUCGGACUUGCUGUUUCCCUUCCAAAGGGACCAGAUCCUUGUGAAUCUGAUCCCUUACAAUGACAUAGAUGGACUUGCAUCGCGUGGCGCGCGGGUGGAUGCACAGACUUCAAAGAUGAGGGCGCCAUCCCUUGACACGGUACGUAGUUUUCAGCGCUCGCUCUGGCAGCGAGGGCUGUAUUGCUCAGUUCGGCAGACGCGCGGUGAGUCCAAAGCUUCUGCCUGCGGGCAAUUGGCUGCUGUGGCCGGGCUCGCAACACUGGUGAGCCAAAAGAAUCCGACCGAUGUGGUGGACACAGGAGAUGAAGAAGACAAAGAUCCAGGUUUCGUGCAGCGGUUGGCUGUCUUUCGUGUCACACGUGGAUCAAGUGGCUACACGAGGUUCGGAAGCAGCGGGACGAUCAAAGAGAAUCCUGCUGGUGGAUUCAGCUUUGAGCUGCCUGGUGGCGGCGGCAUCCACAUCGACAACGGAUGCGGCCCCUUAGCGUCUCUUAGCAAUUUGGCCUUCGGGAACACGGUCGACACGUGUAGGCAGUGA